ACCGCGCGUAAUUUAAUUGGAUCCGCGUGAUUAAAGGUCACACUGGGGAGUUUUAUUCUUAGCUUCAUUUUGAGUUAGCACGCAUCACAAGUCUUAUAAAACAGAACAAUGGAAGCACUACUUGCUUAUGUAGAUGUUCCUCCAGAUUGUCGGGACGCUAUCCCGCUUUUAAACUUAGAAAAUCAAGCGUUUGCAAAAAUUUUAAAGCGAAUGCUAAAAAAGCUGGAAAAGGGAGAAACUUCUGUUCAAAAGCAAUUGCCUAAGAUAUCAAAUGAUGGUAAUGAGGAAAAUUCAGACUACUUAUUCGUUGGAACCAGUCAAGAAGAGAGUUCAAAUAUACUGUUCGCACGGCUACCUGAUUCUACAGGCGGCAAUGAAAUUUAUAGGCUUCCUUUUCUGCGGUUUUCCGUUCGUAAAGCAAACGAACCCGAAAAGGUGGAGACAAAAGAGGACACUGAAAAAGUAAAGGAUCAAAGUAAUGAAACGAACAUAGAAGUAGAACCUUGCCUGGAAAAUACUAUUAAAAAUUUGAAUGAUAAAAUCGAUAAUUUUGGAUCACAGUUAACAAAAUUACUGGAAAGUCUACCACAGAAUCCUAAGCCAUCACGACCGCGUCCACGUAAAUCGGAAACUCCCGCAGCAGCUAAAACUACCACCAAUACUACUGCUACUACCAACGCAACUGCUCCAAAUACACCCAAUGCAGCGCCAGCGGCAAAGUCAACACCUACUCCAAGACCUACACCUGCAAAUAAACCAAAAACUCCUGUUACACCAGCUGCUGCUGCUAGCGGUGGUAACCAGUCAAAGUCAACUCCUAAUAAAUCGUCAUCUGUACAUUUCCCUGGAACUCAAUUGAACAAUCAGACAGCCGAGUCAAAAGCGAAACCAAAGAAUAAGGCAACUGAGUCAUCGACAACAGUUAAAGCAUCUGACGAUACAAAUACAAAUGCAGAUUCUCUGUCUACAAUCGAUAGCGCCAUAAACAAAGUAUUAUCACGUAUCAAUAAAGGCAAAGAUAUUCAUAUCGGCUCUGCAUUACAAGAAAGAUUGAGUGGUUGUGUCAAUGGAAAAGACACUGUAUUAUCAUCAUCAAUCGACUAUGAUGUAGAUAUUGAUUCCUCACCACCGCUACCGCCAACACAUAUUGUCGAAGAGUAUCGAUGUCCUGUUGGAUUGCCUAAAAGAAAUCUUGUCGCCAUAUCACCAACUGUCUCGUUUACUGUGAAACCAGUUCAGAGUAGUGUACCGCCAUCAUCAUCAUCGACAAAGCGAGAUUAUUCAUCAAUAAUCAUAGAAGAGCAGGAUGGUGUGUCUGCUCAAGAUGAUUGUACUAUAAUUGAUGUUCAUACAAGUGGAGAGGAGAAGAAGAAGAAGCAUAAAAAUAAAAGGAGGAAGCAGGACACACAGGAGUAAUAUAUUUAAGUAUCAUUUCUUGUGUAUUCAUCAAUUAUACAAUAAUACUCUGAUUUGAUGACUUUGUGCAUAUUUUUGUACAUAUCUGUUUUGUUUCUUUUAUAUAUCGACAUGUAUUCUCCACAUUAAUAUCCAUUCAUUUCGACUUCUCCUGCAUAUUCUCUCUCUUUCUGUAUGUGUAUUAUAGACUAAUUUGACGUAAUAUAUCUUUAUAUAUAUAUAUGUAAGUAUACGCUAAUAUAACCAAUAUUCUAAGGCA